AUGAGACUCCCACAAUCGCUUCUGUUACUAGCUGCUGCUGGGUCGACGGCCCAGGCUAGUGAAAAGCUUGCCCGUCCCCGCGGUGUGGGCCCGGAAUUCUCUAAAUUCUACCAAGAUCCGGCAACAUUCACCUGUAUCUCAAAUCCUUCCGUCAAAAUCCCUUUCUCGGCCGUCAAUGAUGACUUCUGUGACUGUCCCGACGGAAGCGAUGAGCCCGGCACGGCUGCCUGCUCCCACAUCUCGCGCAAUUCGCCUCUGACGGUGGCUGACCGCCCCGGUAACAGUGAUUUGGACAUAGCCCUCGGCCUCCCGGGUUUUUACUGCAAGAACAAGGGCCACCGGCCAUCAUAUGUUCCAUUCCAGCGGGUCAACGAUGGAAUCUGUGACUAUGAGCUGUGCUGUGAUGGCAGCGAUGAGUGGGCACGUGUUGGGGGCACGAAGUGCGAAGACCGUUGCAAGGAAAUCGGCAAGCAAUGGCGGAAACAGGAAGAGCAAAACCAGAAGUCCAUGACUGCUGCUCUGAGAAAGAAAAAAGACCUUCUCGUCGAUGCUGGCCGCCAGCAGAAGGAGAUCGAAGACAAUAUCGGUCGUCUAGAAGCUGAGAUUCAAGGUGCUGAAGCCAAGGAACAGGGUCUUGAGGCGGAUCUGAAGCUCGCCCAGGAACAGGAUCGCAAGGUUGUCCGCACUGGAAAGGGCAAGGGCAAGGUUGGUGCCCUUGCCAACCUGGCUAAAAGCCGCGUUGAUGAGCUGCGCAAUUCAUUGGUAGAUGUGCGUCGCCAGCGAGAUGAAGCCCGCGAACAUGUGAAGGAGCUUGUCGAUAUCUUGGCCAAGCUCAAGGUGGAAUAUAAUCCCAAUUUUAAUGACGAGGGUGUCAAGCGGGCAGUUCGGAGCUAUGAGGACUAUGCUGCUCGUGAGCAAGGCACCGAGGAUGUAAACGGUGCUGUGGAUCGUGACUUGGACGAAAUCUCCAAGGCUGACGGUGCUGACAACGGUGUCAACUGGGAACACUGGGAGAACGAGGAAGAUGGCUGCAACGAUUCUGAGCUAGUGUACAAUUUGGCGGCUUAUCUCCCACCGUCCCUUGUCAGCUUCAUUGAAGGCAAAGUUUUGUCUGCUAAGAGCUUCCUUCAAGAAAAUGGCAUCUUGCCCAAGCCUGAUGAAGAUUCUUCCUCGGAAUCCAAGGCCGUCACCCAGGCACGGGAUGCCCUCAAAGAGGCCCAGGACUCCUUGAACAGUCUGAAGAAUAAGCUGCGCGACCAGCGUGCCGAUCUUGAGCAAGACUAUGGCACAGCCUCCAUUUUCCGUGCUCUCAAGGGAGUAUGCAUUUCGCAGGAUGCGGGCGAAUACACAUACGAGCAUUGCUUCCUUGAGUCGACUAAGCAAAACCAGAGGAAAGGAGGCAAUUCUGUGUCUAUGGGUAAAUUCUCUAAGGUUGGGACUACCAGUGUUGAAGAGGUCAACGAGGCUGGCGAGGUCAUCAAUGUUGAGAAGACUGUGAUUGAAUAUAAUCAUGGCCAGUCGUGCUGGAACGGGCCAAACAGGUCCACCAGGGUUAUUCUAGAGUGCGGCGAGGAGAACAAGAUCUUGAAGACAUCGGAAGAGGAGAAGUGCGUUUAUGCUAUGCUUGUCACUUCGCCAGCUGUCUGUGUAGGUGGUGAGGAGGCAGGUAAUGCUGCGCCUCGAUCGAAAGACGAGCUGUGA